GCUCUCCACCGGGCUCGGACGGACCCCGAAUCCCCUCAUUGACCAUAAAAGCCUGUGUUUGUCCGUCUUGAGUAAACAGUCGCUUUCUGAAAUAACACCUCUGUUGAAUAUACGAAAUGUCUGGAUCUCCAAUCACCCAGGGCAACUUUGUCCACAAUAACACCACCGCCCCUGCAAACGAGGGUGCACUGGCUCUUUUCAGUCUCAAGGGGAAAACUGCGAUCGUUACGGGUGCCGGUGCGGGGAUUGGCCUCUCGGUGGCACAUGCUUUUGCAGAGGCUGGAGCAAAUGUUGCCAUAUGGUAUAACUCCAAUAAACAAGCGAUCGAGAAGGCAAAUGAAAUUCAGAACAAGUAUGGCGUAACGUGCAAAGCGUAUCAGGUCGAUAUUAAGGACCCCCAGGCUGUGGAGGAUGCCGUAAACUUGGCAGUAAAAGACCUGAAUGGGCGACUGGAUAUUAUGGUCGCCAACUCUGGCAUUCCCUGGACCCAAGGGCCCAUGGUUGAUGCUGAGAUUGCCCACUACAGAAAUGUCGUUCAGACUGACCUCGACGGUACCUUUUACUGCGCCAGGGCUGCCGCUGCGCACUGGAGGAGGCAAAAGGAAGAGGGCACCGACAUUAAUGGCAACAAACUCCAGAAGUUUACAUACGGAAGCUUCGUCGCCACUGCCUCGAUGAGUGGCCAUAUUGUUAACUUCCCUCAACUCCAAGCUGCAUACAACGCAGCCAAGGCAGGAGUUAUCCAUCUCUGCAAAUCUCUGGCAGUUGAAUGGGUCCGAUUCGCCCGUGCCAAUUCAGUUUCUCCUGGCUAUAUUGCAACCGAGAUCUCCAGUUUCGUCUCCGAGGACACAAAGUCAAUCUGGAAGGAUAAGAUCCCGAUGGGUCGUGAAGGUGAAUCGCACGAGCUGAACGGGGCUUAUCUUUACCUUGCCUCCGACGCCUCCAGCUACACUACUGGGGCGGACAUCGUGGUGGAUGGAGGGUACACUCUACCGUGAGCCUUGAGCCUCCGGACCUGUUUGUGAAUAGCUUCAACAGCGAGUUAUGACCCUGCAUAGCCAAUGACUUUCCAUGCAAGUACAUUAUUCAGGUUAGAUAGAAUAAGGAACGCCAUGUUGGAAUCUCCUAUCGGAAGCGAAAGCACAUGAACGCGUGUAUCCUAGCUGCAGGUCCGCGAAAGGACCGACUAUCCUCUGUAUUGCAGAACAUUGC